UUACUCUGGAAUCUCUUUAUCGCUUUCUCUUUUUUUAAUUAAGAUGAAUAAGCGAAGCAGUUUUCAUGAUCUACGAAAAGUAAGAACAACAGAUAGAGUCAUAAUAAAUGUCGGAGGAGUAAAGCAUGAAUGCUUUAUACAUACAAUAAAAGCUUUUCCAGACACUCGUUUAUAUUGGAUUGCUGAAACCGCUUUAAAAGUAAAAGAUUUUGAUCCUGGAUCUAAUGAGUUUUUUUUUGAUCGCCAUGCUGGUUGCUUUCAGAAUAUUUUAAACUACUUUAGAACAGGGAAGUUACAUUGUCCAAAUGAUGUUUGUGGACCACUUUUUCAACAGGAACUCGAGUUUUGGGGAGUUGAUGAACUGAUGAUGGAACCUUGUUGCUGGGGAAACUACACGCAGCAUCGAGAUGCUCAUAAAAAUUUAAAAAUGUUUGAUGAAAUGGUUAAAAAUGAGAGUAAUGCUUACGAAGAACUCGAUAAUAGAAAAUACAGCUAUAGCAGUAGUUGUUGGAAACAAACCAUUCAAAUUUAUCGACCAACAAUAUGGGCACUGCUAGAUAAACCAUUUUCAUCAAAAUAUGCACAGUUUGUAGCAUUUUUUUCAAUGGUAGUGAUUAUUGCUUCAAUGAUAACAUUUUGUUUGCAAACUGUGCCCAGAUUUUUUAAAUAUCAGCGAACAUUUGAGUUACUUGAAUAUAUUUACUGUGCGAUAUUUACUGUAGAGUUCUUUACACGAUUAGCUUGCUGCCCUUCUUACAAGUCGUUUUUUCAAUCUAUUUUGACCUAUGUGGAUUUUGUUUCAACUAUUCAGUUUUACAUAUCUUUUAUUUUGAAAACCAGUAGCUUUGACUUUUUAUUUGUGACCCGCCUAAUACGAAUAUUUCGUUUGUUUCGAUUUUUUAAACAACUUAGCGGAAUGCAAGUAAUUGCUCAAACGUUAAAAGCAAGCAUGAAUGAGCUGAUGCUAUUGUUCUUGUUGGUGAUGAUUCCAAUGGUUAUUUUUUCCACACUCAUCUAUUACGCUGAAAAGAGUGCAAACACAUUGUCUUCAGCAAGUAUUCCAGAAUACUUUUGGUGGGCAAUUGUUACAAUGACGACAGUUGGUUACGGAGAUGUGGUUCCCCAAUCAAUUUAUGCAAAAAUUGUUGGAGCAAUGUGCGCAUGUUCAGGCUUAUUAAUAGUUGCUCUACCAGUUUCGGUAAUAGGAAGCAACUUUACAUUAUUUUACUCUUAUGCGCAAGCUAGAAUGAAACUUCCCCAAAGAAAGAACCUUUUAAGUGUGGAUAAAAGUCUCGUUACUGAUAAUCAAGAGGAUUCCUUUUUUACUAAAAUGCUUAAUUUGUCAACAUCAAGUCAAAAGCGACGUUACGCUAUUCAACCACCAGUGUUUCAGCAUUCUUUACAGGUUAUUCUAUCAUCAAGAUCAUCCUUAAACUCUGUAAUAGAAGAUGCCACUUUAGAAGAUGCUGCAUUAGAAGAUUCUCAAGUUGUUAUUAAAGAUUAUAAAGUUUUAAAACUUUCUGAAUGAUAGCAUGUAAAAAAAAGGCAAUCGUGAU